UUGAGGCAAAGGAUUCUUCUAGUCAGCUCAUAGCAGUCACCACAAGGGCCACAAAUCUAUAUGUUUACUCAGGGGACACUAAGGAAACUGGAUAUACAUACAUUAUGAAUGAGAAUAUCUUGAAGAAGUUCAUACGCAUUGCAGAUCUACACACCCAGGUUGCAUGUUACCUCUAUGGUGUUAGUCUUUUUGACCAACCCCGAGUCAAGCAAAUCUGUUGCAUUGCCAUGGUGCCACAGUGGGGUAACGACGAGCAAGUUCAUCUACCAUCAGCUCUACCUGAACAUGAUUACUUGAAUCACUUGGAGUCGCUAGGAUGGAUGCAUACUCAGCCAAACGAGCAGCCUCAACUGUCACCACAGGAUAUCGUUGCUCAUGCUUGGAUGUUGUCAAACAACAAACAAUGGGACAAAGAGAAAUGUAUAGUAUUGACCUGUAGUUUCUCUACUGCUUCGUGGUUGCUUACCGGCUACAAGUUGACCCCAUCAGGUUAUGAAUGGGGGAAGAGAAACAGAUAUGCUGUCAAACAACAAACAAUGGGACAGAGAGAUAUGCUUGCUUACCUUCCUACGUACUACGAGAAGGUUAAGAUGCUUUUGACUGACAGUUUCCCCGGAUUCUAUAUGAUCCCCGAUAACGGUCCAUGGAACUACAAUUUCAUGGAUGGGAAGCACACGGUGCAUUACAUGGAAUAUGGCGUUAAACUUGGCACACUACUGGAGUUCCAUCACGAGGAUCAUCAGCCGGCAUAUUUCCCCGACUUAUCCGACUUGGAGGAAGGCAACACUGCCAAAGGCGACGGCGACAGGGAGGACACUUGCUAGACUGGGGUACAUGCAUGAUUAUUUUGAUAAGUAACAGGGGUACAUCAUGAUAAUUUUGAUAAGUGACCGAGUGUACAUAUGGUCAACUUGCUAGACUGCUACAUACAUGAUAAAUCUUGAAUUUUAAG